UCUUAUCAGUUUACCAAUUUGCAUAAAGAAGUUUCUCUAGCAACAAGAGUUGGUAAAGCAACUAUUGACUGUGUAAUUGCAGAAUUUAAUAAAAAUAGAGUAGUUAUAGCAUCAGAACAAGGUCAUAGAUAUUCAAGAGCUCUUAAAACAGAGUAUGUGAAAGCUAUUCAAGAUCUUAUUUUAAUUGCAAAUAAACAUA